AAGGUGCUUUCAUCGGAAGCGCAGUGGCAGGAGGCGGUAUCAGCGAACAAACGGCACUUAGACCCAAACACCUCGGGACCACCUCACGCGAAUGGUAUUUUGACUUCUAGGGAUAAAACGAUUUUUGCUGCAGAUGUCAGUGACUCAAGACCUCCCAGACAUGGAGGGGACAGACCUGUUAGGACUGCUGUUCCAAGACGGAGCAGAUGGAUCCACAGAGCAUUUGUUUUCAGAUGGGAAUGAGCUCAUUGAGUCCUGGCUGUCUGAACAAGAUAUGCUUCCAGGCCUGGACACUGAAGACUUCCUGUCCAGCCUGUUGGACGAGGACAUGGAUGCACUCUGCCCCUCUCACUCUCCUCUGGGCAGUGACAGCGGCAUCUCGGACGACAGCAGCGGAGGGGGGCACCAGAACAGCCCCCACAGCAGCGACAUGGUGCCCAGCCCGAGCUACUCCCAGCCCAGCCCGGUGCACUCGGAGCCGGGCCCCCUCACCCCCACAGAGUACCACGUGGAGAGCCCCGAGGCGUUGAUGGUGCAGGCCGAUCACAGCUACUCUCUGCUGCAGGGACCAGACCGGGACCUGGACGAGCUGCAGAGUGUCCGCGCUGAGAAACUGGACACAGACGUCUUCAUUGAUUUAGAUGACCUGGUGGGUGACGCCAUGGAGGAAGAGGACGACGUCAGCAGUGAACCGCCCUGCACUUUGGAUGUGGAGGACAUGGCCGAAGACUCGACUCAGCUCAAACAAACAGAACAGUUCCAGUUUAAAGAGAUUGUGCUCACGGAGGAGGAGAAGCGACUUCUGGCCAAAGAGGGCGCCACUAUCCCAACACACAUGCCUCUCACAAAGGCUGAGGAGAGGACCCUGAAGAGAGUUCGGAGGAAGAUCCGGAACAAGCAGUCCGCCCAGGAGAGCCGCAAGAAGAAGAAGGUCUAUGUGGAUGGACUGGAAAACAGGGUUGCCAUCUGCACAGCUCACAACCUGGAGCUGCAGAAGAAAGUCCAGAUGCUCCAGAAACAGAACAUGUCAUUGGUUGAGCAGCUGAAGAAACUCCAGUCCAUGGUAAAGAUGUCCACAUUGAAAGCCAGCACCACUAGCACAUGUGUUAUGGUGUUCCUGUUGUCCUUCUGCCUCAUCAUCUUUCCUUCUGUCAACCCCUUUGGCAGCAAACCAGAACAAAAAGAGCUGUACACCCCGUCCUCAGUCAUCUCCAGGACCUUACGCUCCCUGCCUCCGGACAGCGAUUCCGUCCCAUACUUUGAGCCUGACGACGACUUCGUCAUAACCCAGGAAGUAGAAAACACAAAAGCUAUAUUCGGCGGAGGUCAGAAGAACCACACUCCAGACUACCAGCACGUAGAGCAGCCCGACUCAGAAACAGGUGUCAACAGCAACUCAUCCGCGGACUUCCCCAAUCCCAAUCAGGCUCUGGACAUCAAACCGGGACAAGCAGGUGGCGGGAGUCCAGUCCAGGAAGGUCCUAUAGAUAAAGUGUCUGCCUCUGGGGUAGCCUAUGAUCUACAAAACUCCAAAGAAAACUGGAUAGAAAGAAAUCCCCCUUCUGUCAUACUACAACAACACCGCUCAGAUGAGAUGUAGUAGACAAGGUGCACCAGCAGAGGGAGCCAUAUCAUUUUAGCUAGGGAAGUUUGUAAAAAGAUGGAAGGGAACCAUAUGCUAUCUAAAAUCAUGUUUCUAUUGCUACUCCCCCCUUUUAACUGGCUUUUGAUGUACUACUGUUACUUAACUUGCACUUUGGUCUACCUUCUUUGGCGAGACAGGAAAAGUUGAGAUUCCCUGGUAUCUGUACUGUGUAGGCUACCUAUUAAAAGCGCUCUGCUGAGUUUGAAAUAGUGUAAACAUCACCAAAAAAGAGAAUGCAAACGUGUCUUAGAGUUUAUUCAAUGAAGUUAUACCAAUCAUGUCCAUGCCAUAAAUUUACAGGGAUAACUUUGUUAGACUUGAAGGGGAAACUAGGGCUGCACCAGCAUAGAAAAACUGUGUAUUUUAAAUAAUGCAAUCAAUAGUGUGAUCUUUAAGCUAAAAUGGCAGUGCAAUAUCAUCAACUUGUACUGGAGAUCAAAGAAAACUAUGAGCAAGUGUUGUCAGAUACCUCUGGCAUUAUUUUAGCCAUUUUACUAACAGGUAGUUAAACUACAUCUAAUUGUAGGGCACAAAGCCUAGAACUAAACUAGCACUUUUUAUAUGAACAUUUUGAUUUGUUUGGGACUUUUUCAGGGAAAUGCUACCUUUGCCACAGCUACAUGUUUGUGAUGUAUAUAAUGUUGUACAUGACGUAGUUGGUGCAGCCCCGGUGAUGCCCAGCCCUCAUUAAUCGUAGAAGAAUGCUGCUUUAACCUCAUGAUGCUUGACCUGAAGUGGUUGUUGGACCACUGUGAUGCUUCAGCCAUUGCAGGACAUUUGGCCAUGUAGAAGACUUGUAAAGGUUUUAGUAAUUCCCUUGUAACAAGGGUGUCAUGCUUCUUUCGUUUUUGGAAUGUUUCUUUGUUUUAUUUUUUUAAUUUUAUUUUUAAUGUUGUACAGUGAAGCAAUGAGUAAUGCAAGCUCUAGUUUAAGCAGACGCCAAACCGUUGACCAUGCAGUAGUGUUCAGACCCUUACUACUUUCUCUUUUCUUAUAUAGGACACCUCCUGUUCUUUCUAUGCUGUCCGUCUUGUUAUUUGGCACUUGAAAAAGGGAUUUGAUAUAUAUGUACUCCGUGAAGUUCCGCAGUAAAGUAUAUCCAAAAAUGUAAUGACCUGUUUUUGUCAGUGAGGCAUUUUUUUUUGUUUUUAAUGAAUAUUUUAUGUGUUAUUACUCAUUAUCUAAGUGUAUCUGAAUCAGUACUUAAGAGAUUUUCCAUGUGGAUCAAGCACUGGCGUUUGACAAAGUGUAAAUAUGCUUCUAUGAUUGUAGGUCGCCUGUACAUUUGAACUGUUUACGUAAAAGACAUGUCUGAACAUCUAUAAUAAUAAACUUUUUUUACAUCGACAAAAUGC